CCUCCACCUCUCCAAGAUGUCUUGCUGCUGUCCUCCAUCUUGCGCCAUCCCCUCCUGCCCCCAGCCUUGCUGCUCCCAGCCUUGCUGCUCCCAGCCUUGCUGCUCCCCGUGUAGCUACCCCACAGGCGGUCUGGGCAAGCUGGAUUGCUGCUCCAGUUCCUGCUGCUGCUCUUCGUGCUGCGGUAACUCGACAUCCGCCCGUUGCCUCGGCAUCACCAGCGGGGCCAACGUCUCUUGCGUCAGCCAAAUCCCACCGUCGGAAGUCGUGAUACAGCCACCUCCCGUCAUUGCGGUCAUCCCAGGGCCAGUCCUGCUGCCUCCUGUGAGCCUGUCCGCGUGGGAGGCUACACCGCCUGCGGCGGUUGUCCCCCUUGCGGUCGCAUCUGCGGCUCUCCCUGCUAAGCUGGAAGGGGAGCUUCGCGAGGACGGGAACGAAACGGCCACCUGA